AUGGAUGUCAAGGCGGCCCCCAACGGGGUGGCCACUAUCGAGGACCGGAUCCUGCGGAUUACUGGCUACUAUGGCUAUUACCCGGGUUACUCCAGCCAGAAAAGUACCUCCAGAUCAUCAGUUACUCGAUGCAAACCAGGACCCAACUGCCCCAGUUCCCACAGCAGCAUCAGUAGGCAACUGUCCCCUCUGUCUGUCACAGAAGAUUCUUCUGCUCCUAUUCUUGAACUUCAGAGUCGAGGAUCAUCUGGAGUUUGUGGUCGAAGAGUCGAGAGACAGAGCAGAUCAGGGGAUGAUGGGACACAGACUCAUCCUGAGAGCAGCAGCCAAGAAAAUGGACUCAAGGCUCGCUGCCUGUCCUGCACGUCCGUGGUUCUGAAGACCAUCUGGGGACUCUUGAUCAUCUUGUCAGUGUCAUCAUCUUGGGUUGGAACCACACAAAUUGUAAAAAUCACUUACAAGAAUUUUUACUGUCCCUUUUUCAUGACAUGGUUUUCAACAAACUGGAAUAUUAUGUUUUUCCCAGUCUAUUAUUCCGGCCAUCUAGCCACGGCUCAAGAAAAGCAGUCACCAAUGAAAAAGUUCAGGGAAUGCAGUCGAAUUUUUGGUGAAGAUGGCCUGACACUGAAGCUCUUUCUUAAAAGAACUGCUCCUUUUUCUAUUCUGUGGACUCUGACAAAUUACCUGUAUUUACUGGCUUUAAAGAAGCUGACGGCCACUGACGUCUCUGCUCUGUUCUGUUGCAACAAAGCCUUUGUCUUCUUGCUGUCCUGGAUUGUGCUGAAGGACAGGUUCAUGGGAGUGCGGAUCGUCGCAGCAAUAAUGGCAAUUACUGGCAUUGUCAUGAUGGCAUAUGCAGAUAAUUUCCACGCUGAUUCCAUCAUCGGUGUGGCAUUUGCUGUGGGCUCAGCCUCCACAUCUGCACUGUACAAGGUUCUGUUUAAGAUGUUUCUAGGCAGUGCCAACUUUGGUGAAGCUGCACACUUUGUCUCCACCCUGGGGUUCUUCAAUUUGAUCUUUAUCUCCUUCACUCCCAUCAUCCUGUAUUUCACCAAGGUGGAGCACUGGUCCUCCUUCGCAGCGCUGCCCUGGGGCUGUCUCUGUGGGAUGGCGGGACUAUGGCUAGCAUUCAACAUCCUGGUAAAUGUUGGAGUAGUACUGACAUACCCAAUCCUCAUCUCCAUUGGGACAGUGCUCAGCGUCCCCGGAAACGCAGCGGUGGAUCUCCUGAAGCAGGAGGUGAUCUUCAAUGUGGUCCGCCUGGCUGCCACCAUCAUCAUCUGUAUCGGGUUUCUUCUGAUGCUACUGCCAGAGGAAUGGGAUGAAAUUACUCUGAGAUUUAUCAACAGCUUGAAGGAAAAGAAGAGCGAGGAGCACGUGGAGGACCUGACAGAUGUCAGCGUGCACCUGAGGAGCAGAAGCAGGGUCAACGGGACAGUGUCCAUACCUCUGGCUUGA